UUUAAAUUACUCUUUCAGAUUGAUUCUUGGUGCAAAGAGAAUAGUUACGUGAUCGCUGGAUAUUACCAGGCUAACGAGCGCAUGAAAGAUGCCAGUCCAAACCAGGUUGCUGAAAAGGUAGCCUCCAGGAUUGCAGAGGGCUUUAAUGACCCAGCACUCAUAAUGGUGGAUAACACAAAAUUUACGAUGGAGUGCAUAGAACCUGCCAUUCACGUGUAUGAGCAUCAUGAAAACAAAUGGAGAUGCAAAGACCCACAUUUUGAUUAUUGUGAAGACUGGUCUGAAGCCCAGAGGAUCGCUGCAUCUCUCUUGGACAGCAAAUCCUAUGAAACCCUUGUGGAUUUCGAUAAUCACCUAGAUGACAUCCGGAAUGACUGGACAAACCCAGAGAUCAACAAAGCUGUCCUACACCUAUGUUAGGGAGGCUUCUACUGACUGAUUUAUGGGCAUUUCCACUAUGCUGAAGAUACUUUAAAAAAUAUUUUUGAUUAUAAAUAGAAAUAUAUUCAGAACCACCUGAGGAACGCCAACAGAUUAAAAAAGUGGCAUGUCACUUGGAAAAGGUAACAUGCCCAUAAGCAGUCAAAUCUUUUUAAUGAGAAUCCUUAGAAGAAAUACAAACUGUCAGUUAACAGCCAUCCUUGUGGAUUCCUUCCCAAUUGUAGUGAUUAUUGCUAUAACCUUUAAAACCAGAACUGCUUCUGUUUGUCCAAAUUGUUCAUAUUAAAAAGUUUUGACUAACCUUUUAUAAUCUUUAGAGAGAAUAAUUUUUAAAGAUUUAUGACACAUCUUUCAAAAAUGAAUCUUGUCCUUAGAUGAGAUGGUUUUUAAAUUCAUUAAGACGUGUGUGUGUAAACAAAAUCCAGUGGUUACUGGUGUUUUGACCUAGUUCUUAACUGGCAUUAUAUUGAUGCAGUAGAAUAAUGCUAACUACUAAAGAUUAUACACUGUGCACAUAUUGUAUUUGUUCUGCAGAAGUUUAGCAUAUCAUAGCUGCAGAAUAAUAAAUCCCGAAAGCAAUAUUCCCAAAUGCUGCAGAGAUUCCCAACCAUGCUGGAACUACAACCUCAGUUGUUGCCUAAGAAAUAGUUCUAGCCACAGUUUAAAACAAAUCUUAACUCUAUGGUCUGUGAAAAGGAUUUAGAGCACAUUAAUGGUUUUGACUCAACGGCAAGGCUCUGUAAGAGUUGAAAAAACAAAGAGUAAAAUGCCAUCUUGAUUAUUUAAACAGAUGCUCAUAAUUCUGAGCUGAUUCGCACACUGUCCAUUCAGAUAGUCCUGAAAUGUAAAUUAAAAGCAACUGAUCAGUCUUUAGCAUAUGGAUCAAAGAAACCUUGAAACACUCUAGUUUGUCUUAAAUCUAUCUUUCUAAUUAGUAUCUGUUUCUAACAAAAGUUCACCAGUUGAUGGGGACCCUUUAUAGCAGAAUUUCCUUUGUCAUUUUUAUAUGUAUUAUUUUGUACCAGGUAUCCCAAAGGCAUUAUACCUUACUUUCUGUUUUUCUUUUAACUAUGUUACUAUAGAACUUGUAACAACUUAACCUGGUGUACCUAAUGAAAGGAUUAAUUUUAUAUCAUUCAACACUUUCUAACAGUAACAGCAAAUGGAAGGACAAUGCUUUAGCUGACCAACUGCUAUUGUAGCUUGUCCCCCACCACCUGAAAAUAAACUUGAUGAUGUGGGGAAUGUCA